AUGGGAGGCUCAUUUCUUGUGUCACCACGAAAGGAUACCUCUAUCAAGUCGACUUUUGAGGAGACAAGUAAUCCUGAUGUCAAUGCAAACGUAUCUAAUUCAGAUGUAAACAUCAGUUCUAUUGCACAACAAACUACAAGAAUUCCUGAGAUGACCAAAGUCAUACCACCCAGAGGUUUGAAUACUGAGUCCAAUUUCGAGGAGUUGAAGAAAAUUGUUGUUCCUCUAACACAACCAUCAUCUCUACCACUUACAUCCGUUACACCAAUUUCUUCAAUAGUUGUUUCUACAACAUUUGUUGGUGUUAUGCAAGAACCGAUUGCCACUCUUUUCUCAUCUGAAUCAACUGAACCUGAGAAGACCAUUAUAGAAACUAAUGUAGAUGAUGAUGAUGUUAUUGUUGCGUUUGCUAAAUUACAGUUCAACCCUAAAGAAAAAGACAUACGUAAUGAGUUGAUCAUGUUAGGUAAACAAUUCAAGAUUCUUAAUUCUAAAAUGAAUUCAGUUCUUCAGUUAUUGGCUAAUACUGGUGGAAAGAAUUAUGUUAGUAGGGUUGAAUUUGAAUACCUUUUGAAAGCUCAAGAGUCUCGUCUUCAAUCCGUGAUUAAGGAUGUUGCUAAGAAACAUGAAAAUAAAAUGGCUAACCAGUCUCGAAAUUUUGAAUAA